AUGUACUGGCCCCUCCUGGGCAUACACAAUCUUGCAUAUCUCUGGCAAACUUGCCUAGAUCAACCUAUUCCAGCAGGAAAAUUUCAGAACGCCUGCCCUUCUCAGUCCUGGGCACAGAGAAAUUCCUCAGCACUUCUCCCGGGGGUGUGUGACCUGCUCAGUAUCCUGGCAACCUCACCCACUUUAGCAGAGGAACAGCCCAAUGUCACAACACCAGCCUCAGAAAUCAAAGCCCCAGUGGUGACCCCAUGGACCCCAUACAGGGUUUCUCACUUCAGCUUAGGAAGUACUGAGUGCACCAGCACACCUGCAAGCUUGUUUACAGAGAAUGUGCCAUAUCAUACCCAGCCGGACCACCUCUCUCUCCCUGAGAGCCGGGCUCCACUCCGCCUGGAAGCUGGGAGCCCGGACGUCUCCUGGGCUCGGGCCGGGCCGGCGGGCGCAUGCAGGCUCCUCCGUCCGAGUGCGGGACGAGCGCGAGGGACCGGGCGGCUGAGGCGGACCCAGGAGGAUAUACAGAGAAUUACCAAGAAGAAUAAAAAGGAGGAAGGAGGAAAGAAGGAAGAAAGGAAAGAAGAAAUGAAGAAGGAAGAAGGGAAGAAAGAAGGAAAAGAAGGGAGAGUGGGAGGCAGAGAAAAAGAAAGGAAGGAAGAAAGAAAAGAAGCAAGUUAAAGAAAACUUUAAAAAAAUAAAUUACUGAAACUGGA